AUGCCCAACGAAGUCAACCUUUACUUCACCGGCUGGCGCUCGGGCAACCUGUCCACCCCCUCCGUGGCAUUGUCCUGCUUCUCCAACGGCGCACCCGAGGCUGGCGAGAGCGUGUGUGGCGUGUUCCGCAACAUCAGCGGUAUCCUCCCCACCAGCUUCAGCGUGAGCCUCCAGUCGUUCUACAAGACAGUGGCCAGUGGCACCGACCCCAAGGGCCGUCGCUCAUACACCAAGAACACGUUCCUCUACCAGCUCGACCGCUGGACGAUCCGUGCCAUUCGCCGUGCCCUCGAGCGCUCGCCCAUCACCGACUUCAAGUACAACACAGGCCGCUUGAACCUCUACUGGACGGGCGGCGCCGUCCUCGACCAGGAGAGAAACGCCACUGCCUUUGUGCAUCGCAGCUACCCAUGGAAUGCCGUGUGGCUGAGCAGCUGGGUGUCUGGCGACAAGAGCAAGGCCUACCACGAUUGGAUCAAGCGCACCUACAACUCGAUGCUGGACUACUCCGUGCCCGAGGCCUACCAAAACUACCAAGACGACGAGCUCGACAACUGGGAGCAGAUGUACUACGCCGAGAACUAUCCACGUCUGCGCGAGAUCAAGUCACUCUACGACCCCACCAACUACUUUAGCUAUCUUCAAUCAAUUCGUCCAGUCGAGUCUGACAAUAUCGUCACCUAUGACAUUGAUGAGGAGUAUGAGCCAGAGUAUUAA